UGAGCUUCACUUACCUGUGUUCUCCCGAACAUCACAGCUCUGUAAAGCGUGUGUCUCGUAGCGUUGUAAACGCCCGUCUCCUCGGCUUCUGCCUUUAGUUUUGAUCUUGCCGUCGCGCAAGAAAACUCCCACCGAUUGGGGGUCGCUUUGCGCCGCUCUAGUGCUGCUGCGGUAGGAAGGAAAGGCGUCGCUUUAGUAUUUAUAAAUCCGUUGUGUUAGUCAACUCGAGGCUCUGAAACGUUCGAUGAUCGAAGUUCAGUCAGUGAUCGGGCAAGCAGAGGGAGGGAGAAGAGCGAUCGCAUAUAUAGGUCCAGUGAAGGGCUGCUUCUUCAUUCUUGCCUUCCCUCCGUCGGAAUCCUUUGUGGCGUAGUUUGCGAUCGGAAAAGGAAGUGACAGGAGACCCCCCACCCCCUCUUUUCACAGAUUCCGGGAAGUGGCGUGUCUGUCCCUUGAAUCAGAUCCUGUGGCCAAAGAUAUAUUAACAGACAGAGAGACAGACACUCGCCGACUCUCAGACUGGAAGAAACGUGUGAGAUGAUGUAUCAGUGAUUAGGCGGACAGGGAAAAGAACGACACGAAGGAAAGAUACUUCCUGACGUUAACCGUAAGUGAUUCAAACGUUUGAGUUAUUCUAAAAUGCCAUUUUACCGACGUGACCCGGAUGGCAAAUCAAACCUUCGGCAGUGAAAAGUCUCAUGAAUGAAUUCAAUCGGUGCUUGGUAAGGAUCGCUAUGACACGGUGCAAUGCUUGAUUUGAAAUCAGACAAAGACGUUAUUGCAUCGAUGAAUGAUUUCCCGUAGCACAGAUAUCGACAUUCUCCGCAGCUCUCAGUGUUUUCUCCAUUAACUCCCCCUUGAAGAAAGACGUCGAGCUCAGCGGUCAAGGGCCACUCUCGCCUCUCCUCCCGAAGAAGAAUGUCUCGUGACCAGCCCAAACGCACUCGACACCGCAAACGUCGGUGAGAUUUCCUGGAGGAGGAGGAGUAGCAGGAAGGGCGAGGUGGUCAGUGAAGUGCUACUUCGAGGUGGAGAAUGAGGUUCAGGUGGAGAGCGAGGUUGAAGGGUGGACCCCUCAUGCUGGCGGUCAUCCUCAUACUGCUGUGGACGUCGACGGCGGACACCGUCAAGAAGAGACGGGGGCCUAAGUGGUGGAGAAUCGCCAGGAUCAGCGAUCCUUCCAACUUGAUCAGCAAUCACAUCAAGUCGAAUUCCCUGAGCGAUCACUACUUGGAUCCUGCCAUCCACCGGAUCCUGCGCAAAAAACAAAGGAGGCUCGUCAGGGAGAAUCCGGGCGUGCUGGUGGCCAUAGCCAAGGGCACUCGAUCGGCCGUCCACGAAUGCAAACACCAGUUUCGGAACAGACGAUGGAACUGCGACCCGGCCCCGUUCAACCGGAGUAAGGAGCUCUUCGGGAAAAUCGUAUCGAGAGCCUGUCGGGAGACGGCCUUCCUGUACGCCCUAACUUCAGCUGCCGUUAUCCACACAGUGACCAGAGCUUGCACGGAAGGUACCAUUGAUUCGUGCAACUGCGACUACCGUGCAAAAGGACCGUCAGGUCUUGACUGGGAAUGGGGCGGCUGUUCGGACAACAUCGAGUUCGGCCACAAGUUUUCGAGGCUCUUCGUCGACGCCGGCGAGAACAGGAGAGAUCCUCGGUUUCCUGUCAACCUUCACAACAACGAAGUCGGUCGCUUGCACGUGAAGGACCAGAUGAGGAAGGAAUGCAAGUGCCACGGAAUGUCCGGCUCCUGCACCGUCAAAACCUGCUGGUGGAGACUCCCUUACUUCAGGAGAGUGAGCGACGCCCUCAAGGACCGCUUCGACGGGGCCUCCAGGGUGCUGCUGAAGAACGCCGGCAACGCGAGGGCACCCAACGACCGCCGGAGGAAUAGGAGGAGGAAGAACCGCAAGAAGAAGAAGAAGAAAUACUACAAGCUCCUGAAGCCUUACAACCAGGACCACAAGCCGCCUACCAAGAAGGAUCUCGUCUACUUAGAGGACUCGCCCGAUUUCUGCGUCAGGAAUCGGAAACUGGGCAUCCGUGGCACCUCUGGCCGAGAGUGCAACAAGACCAGCAUAGGCGUCGACGGCUGCGACCUGAUGUGCUGUGGGCGGGAGUUCCACACGCGAGUCGUUGAGGUGCAAGAGAGGUGUUCGUGCACCUUCCAGUGGUGUUGCGAGGUCAAAUGCAAGACUUGCAAGUACAUGAAAACUAUUCACAUCUGCUCGUAGAACGCGCGCGCUUUUUAUUCCCGUUACCCGUGCAAAACAUGUGCAGUGAAGAUGACAAUAUUCGUAACACGCAUCCUUGUGGAGUUGGGUAUACUGGUGUGUUUUUGCGAGGUUACUCAGCUGGUGUUUAUGAUAUGAACGUAGCAAGAAAUAAAAAUCGCUCUUUACAAAGGUUUAGUAAUACCGCAAGGCUGAUAAUUAUGUUAGGUCACUGGUAAAAAAUGAUGGACAAAGCUCCGACCAAAGGACCCAUGUUGUAGAAGCAACUCAAGAAAGAAUAGAUUAAAAAUCUGGAAAGGAGGGCAAAAAUGUAACCAAAGAGGGUCUCUUCACAGUUACGUGGAAAUGGACAGCGAACGAACUUUGUAUAUAAGAGAAACCCAAGAAAAUGAUUAACUCUCCUUGAGUUCUUAGCUUGAACUUCAGUGUCAAAUCUGUGCUUUUGUCCUCAUGAGUAUAAUCACCAUAACUGAAGUGUAAUAAAAGUACGAAGAUUAUCGGCUAAGCGGAGGAAAAAUGAAAACGAGUUACUUUUUUUUUUUUUUUUUUUGUGGAAUGCUCGAAAGCAAGCCAUUCGAACGGAACAGAAAUAACGAGAUGUAAAUAUGCCAAAACAAAUGUUACCGAAAUCCUUGAUUUACACUAAUGGCGUAUUGAGAGGAUACGAUGCAGUUUCGACAUAAUGGCAAAAUACAUCUAGCCUUUUCCCUGUUAAUUCUCAGAAACAAAAUGAGUGCUAAAUUUUCAUAAGGAAUAACACUGGCGACCGACGCCAGUUUGCGAAAAUCUCAAAAUGUGAACGAAUGUGGAUAUUUCAGUGCCAAAAACAUAAUAAAAUGAUAUAUAUUUUUUGAACAGUUGGUCGUGAGAGGUGUGAGUGUGAUCCACUCAGACUUUGGAAGUCUGUAACUUAGGCUAUUUUAUGCCAAAGAGUGUCCUACUUGAGGAAGUUUACCCCAUCUUAUGUAUUUUGUUUGUAUUUCUCUUUUUUUUUAUUUUUAGAGAAGGAAGUAUUGGGAAAUAUACUGGCAAGAUUCGGUUGCCGCGGUCUAGUGACCGAGUCAGAGAGAUACAAAACCAACCAGAGGAAGUUCAUCCGUUGGUGCUGUCCAUUUUUUAAACAAAAAGCCGAAAUACCGUUUCUAAAAAUACUGCUGUAGUGUUUGAAUAGAUUACCAAAUGAAUCUCUCUCUCUCUCUCUCUCUCUCUCUCUCUCUCUCUCUCUCUCUCUCUCUCUCUCUCUCUCAUUGUUGCCUUCGUCUUAGGGGGAUCCUUGUCGGUUUCUUUUCCUAGUGGAAAGAUGAAGAAAACUAUUAGCUAAAAUGGAAGUAAGUUAAAGCAGCAACA